AUGCAGUUCUUCAGGAGACUCACAAUUAGGAAGAAACAAUCAUCAUCCGAAGAAUGGCGGAAGAAGGAGCAUGAUUAUUAUUUACAGAAUGGAAGUGCAGUGCUAGAGGAGCUUCUUGCUUUAUGCAACGGAAAUUGCCGAAUUCCCAUCCGUUACUUCACUGCCACUGAGAUCCACAAUGCAAUUAGGCACUCUAAAAACAAAUUGGAGAUUUUCGAUGGACGUAUGGUUGCAGGAUCGAUGGACAAACGCCUCGUUUUCGUUAGGUUUUUCCCUCAUUAUUUUAGGAAUUUCUUCAAUAUUUUUCGAGAUAUAGCAAUUACUGCUCAAAUGAGCCAUCUCAAGAAUGUGCUGAGACUUGUCGGUUGCUCUGUCGAAUUGGAAAAACCAGUUAUGGUGUAUGAAUAUGUUGAGGCUAUAAGUCUUCACACUUUACUUUUCGAAAAGGGCAAUCAUGAUGAUCAAACCAGAAAAUCAUUAUUUUCUUGGGGAAAUAGAUUACGAAUUGCCAAUCAGGUCGCUUCUUCAAUCGUCUUUCUCCAUACAGAAUUUACAACGCCUAUCAUCUACAAAGAUCUGAAGCCAUCGAAUGUGAUAAUAGAUCAGAAUAGUGGUGUUGCCAAACUACUAAACUUCUCAUUAUCC